AUGCGGUUUAUAAAAAUGAUAUAUUGUUUUGCCUACAUUGUAAUUUUACUGACGCUAAUAACAUUUUUAAUGAAUUUUAAUUUCAUACCAACUGGAUUUGUACAUAGGACAAUCAUUGAAUCAAAUUCACCACAACCUGCAACGGCAACAGAGAAGAAACGCAUAUUUUUUUUGAAAACACAUAAAUGUGCUAGCUCUACUGUUCAAAAUAUACUAAUGCGUUUUGGUCAUAUGGAAAACCUUGAUAUUUUAUUACCAACUAUGAAUAAUUACAUAGGAAAUCCUAUGCAUUUUAACACCAGUAUGGUAAAUAAUAAAUAUUCCACUGUAGAUGGCAAAUUUGACAUGUUUGUCCAUCAUACCAGAUAUUCCCAAGAAGUAAAAUCCGUUAUGAGAUCAGGUACAAUUUAUGUCACUAUUCUUCGGGAACCCACAGCAUUGUUUCAAUCAUUGUACUCGUUCUACCAUUUUGAUAAAAAAUAUAAAUGUAAUUUAACUGAGUUUAUCACCAAUAGGCUUUCAAACAAAUCAUCUGCAAACCACAUAAAACGUUACAAUAAUAAAUUAGGAAUAAAUCAAAUGAAUUGGGACUUGGGAAUGGUUUCAGACAAUUUUGAAAACAUUGAUAUGAUAAAUAAACAUAUAAAUAUGAUUGAAAGAGAUUUUGAUUUUGUAAUGAUAUUUGAAUAUUUAGAUGCAUCUCUUGUCUUACUUGCACAUUUCAUGCAGUGGCCAUUAGAGAAAAUGGCAUACUUACCAAUCAACAGCAGAAAAAGUACAUAUAAACAAAUAUUAUCAAAUGAUGAUGUUGAUCGAUUACAACAAAUCAAUAUGGCGGAUAGUAUGCUGUACAAACGGUUUUUACUGAAAUUUAAAGAAAUAAUAAGCAAAUAUGGAGUAGAAAAACUAAAAAAAGGAAUUCAACGUUUAAUGGUCAUAAAUCAAGAAAUCUUAGAAAUGUGUGUACAAUCUGUGGCAAAUAAAGGUUAUGCUAGAACAAUCUCAUAUGAAUUAAAAGCAAAUACAAAUGCAACAUGCAAAUAUAUUGCAAUGAAUGAAUUGAAAUACACAUCAUAUCUAAGGGAAAUACAAUACGAGAAACAGAAGAAAUACAAUGAAUUGGACAAAUUAAUGAAUAAUAAUUAAAUAUUAUAAAAUAUAUUAUCAUACAA